GUCGAUAUUAGGUUUGCUCGUUCAUGAUAUUUUGUGCUACUUACCGUCCUCAAAACCGAGUAUAGGAGUGUUGGCAGUGAGACUGGUAGUAGUUAUAUUGAGGAAAACUUAAUGUAAGUUGUUUGUUAUUAAUGAUAAGUGCAUCUGUGAUUAAUGUUUGUUGUAUUAAAAUUUUAGUUUGAGUAUCGCCGAGAGCAUACUUUGUAAAAUAGUUUUCUAUGCUCGAUCCGAAGGACUGCGAGCAACAUUCUCAAAAUUAAAUGGCUGCGACCUACAAGUACCCGUGUUGUGACUGCAAUGAAUCGUACGAUGCCAGCGUCCAGUGCGAAAGAUGUGAAGAAUGGUACCAUUUCGAGUGCGUUGGUGUCGACGAAUCCGUUGCAGAGGUCAUAUGGUUCUGCUCGACCUGUAUCGGUGAGGAUAGAUCGAUUCGUGAGUCGCUGGGGGCACCAGGACGGACCAGGAUUCAUCCGGUGGUGAUCGAUCAUCCAUCUGCUAAUGCUGAAGGUAGCGGUACAGAGGUCGGUAAGGUAGCAAAUAAGAACAUAUCAUCGACUAAACGUCGCAUAAGUAGGGCCCAAGCACAAGAUGAUGAUAGCAAUAAAUCAGAUCAGGAGCAGGAAAGUUCUGAUGAAGACGAAAAUCAAGACGUGGCAAAGGAAAAAGUAGAAGACCACGCAAAGUUCUUGAAUGAGCUUUUAAAAUCGUUUGAUCGUUGUCAUAGUCAACCCGUGCGCGUACAAUCGAGUAAAUCGAGUGGUAGCGGUAAAAGGGGACUCCGGAAAAGUGCCAGUGUACCGUCGGCAAAGUCUGCCUCGACACGUUCUCGUGCGUUGAAGGAACUUCGCGAACUGGAGGAGAAAAACAAGUUGGACGAACUCGAGGAGGAAAACCAACGGAAAUUUCUGGAACUUCAACGAAAGCAGAUUGCCAGACGAAAAGAAGCGCUCAAAAGGAGGAUCGAAUUGAGGAUGAUCAUCAACGAGGAUGCUGAAGAUGAUUCGGAUUCAGUGAACGAAGAAGUGGAAGAAUCGACGAACAGAAGCAGGAAAAAGCAGCCGGAGGAGCAGAUCCCGAAGAGUUUGGGUGCAAUUCCGAUGGUUCCACGAAAAAGGUCUACCGAAGAUGAUAUUCAGGACCUAUAUGAUCGCUUCAAGAAACUUUUGGAAGAAAAGAAUCCUCGAAAGUCAGCACCAAAGCUGCCCACCACGAAGAAGAGCACCAAGCGUGCAUCGAAUCCGGUACUGCCACGCCCUUCUUUUGAAAAGGAUGAUGACGCACUGAGAUCAAUCCUUGGUGGCGGGGACUCCGAUGAUGAAGUCAUUGUGGAAGGACCAACACGGCUCCAAAUAGCAUCCCGUCAGGUCUUUCCACGGAGUCUACCCAAGUUCUACGGAGCAGCCGAAGAGUGGCCGAUAUUCAUCAGCGCCUAUGAGCAAGCAAACUUGUCGUGUGGAUUCACCAACGCCGAGAAUUUGGUUCGCUUACAAGACGCGCUGAAGGGUAGAGCGUUGGAAACGGUUCGGAACCGAUUGCUGCUGCCAGAAAACGUGCCGCUUAUCAUUGAGAAGCUGCGGAAGAGAUUCGGGAACCCGGAAAUUCUAUCAACCAGGUUAGCAACCAAAGUUCAACAGCUAGAAGGACCCAGCUCGGAGAGUUUGGAGUCGGUGAUCGAGUUCGGAAGUGCAGUUGAAGAAUUCACCCAGCAUCUCAAGGCAGCAGGACUGGUUGACCACCUGAAGAACCCAAUUCUAAUGCAGAGUUUAGUCCAAAAACUGCCAUCGUAUUAUGCUAUGGAGUGGGUGGACUACAAACGUCGCGCUAGAACGGUCGAUUUGGAGACGUUUGGUGGUUUCAUGGAGGGUCUGGUGGAAAAGGCACUGGAAGCGACCUUCGAAAAAGCAGAGUUGGACGGAAAGGUCAAAAGAAAGGAGAAGAUCAAGGCUUUCGUUCAUGCUACAGACGGAAGAAAUCAAGACAGCCAGCAAAGCCGGAUGGAGUCGAAGAUGGAGCAGAGAUCGUCGAAUCAGUUGCAGCAGAAGUCGCAAAGCCAGCCACAGCAACGAGAACUGAAGUGUUCGGUCUGCCAGAAGCCUGGACAUUAUGGAAGAUAUUGCCAGGAGUUCCUGAAACAGAGCUUGGACGAGCGGUGGAAAACAGUGAAGCGGUUGAACCUGUGUCCGCUUUGUCUGUACGACCACGGGCAACGAUCGUGUCGCAUCCGGAUAGCCUGUAAAGUGGACGGUUGUCAGGAGUACCACAAUGCUCUGCUACAUAGUGGCCCGAGUGAAGGAACCUCGCGAGCUCGAGUGCAAUGCAACAGUCAUCGUCAGCAGGAACGUGCAGUACUAUUCAGGAUGGCUCCAGUGACGCUCUACAACGGCAAGAAGAAGAUUGAUACGCUUGCUCUAAUCGACGAAGGAUCGUCAAUAACUAUCGUGGAUAGCGAAUUGGUGGAAUCGUUGGGAGCUGAUGGGCCGGUGGAAUCGUUGCAGAUGUGCUGGACAAAUGGUGUUCAGCGGACAGAGAAUCGGUCGAAGAAAGUUACGCUCGAGAUCUCCGCCAAAAAUUCGCCGUAUCGCUACGAUUUGAUGGAAGCCCUCACGGUGCACAAACUGGAUCUCCCUACACAACAGAUGGAUUCCCGGAAAUUGAAGGAGCAGUUCGAACAUCUCAAGGACAUACAGAUUCCCAGUUACGAAGUAGCUGCACCGAAGGUGUUGAUUGGAAUCGACAACGCCCACCUGAUCGCGCCAUUGGACUCCCGAGUUGGAGAUUCUGGUGAGCCUGUUGCAGUUCGUUGCAAUCUCGGCUGGACGUUGUAUGGCCCGCGUCCAAAUGUCGUCAGCAGUGUAAACUUCUUGGGACAUCAUCGUUGUGUGUGUGAAGAAUGUAGCAUUGCAGAUAAGAAGCUGGAUGAAGCGUUGAAGCAGAAUUAUCAACUGGAGGAGGUCGGAACUUCGGUGAUUCGAUUGGAGUCAAGGGAAGAUCGCAGAGCGCGUGAGAUCCUAGAAAAGACGACCAAGAGAAUUGGUGAGAGGUUUGAAACCGGACUGCUCUGGAAGGAAGAUGACGUGCGAUUCCCUGAAAGCUUUGACAUGGCCUUGAAGCGGUUGCGAAGUUUGGAAGCUCGGAUGAAACGAAAUCCUGGGGUGCGAGAAAACUUGCAGAAGCAGUUGGAGGAAUAUCUCGCCAAAGGCUACGCGCAUCGCAUCACCGAGCGGGAGUUGAAAGAGACGCCGAAGGGAACGGAAUGGUACCUACCCUUGAAUUACGUGGUGAAUCCGAAGAAACCGGGCAAGGUGCGAUUGAUUUGGGAUGCGGCAGCGAAAGCACAUGGCGUGUCGUUUAACGAUAAACUGUUGACGGGACCGGACAUGAUAACUUCGUUGCCAGUUGUGAUAAGUGGUUUCCGUGAGAGACGUGUGGCGUUUGGAGGUGACAUCAGAGAGAUGUUUCACCAAGCAAAGGUUCGUCUGGAGGAUCGUCAAGCACAACGAUUUCUGUUCCUGGGUCCGAACGGAGAGGUGGAGAUUUUUGUGAUGGAUGUCGUGAUCUUCGGUUCUAGUUGCUCGCCAUGCUCUGCCCAGUUUGUGAAGAACCUGAACGCAUGCGAACAUUCCGAGCAGUACCCUGAAGCUGCAGAUGCUAUUGUCUGGAAGCAUUACGUCGAUGAUUAUUUCGACAGCACCGAUACUGAAGCGGAAGCAGUCAAACUAGCGAUGGAUGUCAGAAAGGUGCACGCAAAUGGAGGUUUCGAGAUACGGAACUGGGUCAGUAACUCGGAGGUGGUCCUGCAGGAGCUUGGAGAGCCAAAGUGCGCGGCGAAGCCGCUAGAAGUGGACAAGUCCUGCGAAUUCGAACGAGUCUUGGGGAUGUUAUGGGACCCGGAGGGAGAUAACUUCAUCUUCUCGACGGAGAUUCGGCAAGACCUUCAGCCAUACAUUCGGGAAGGUGCUUGGCCAACGAAGAGGAUUGCGUUACGGUGUAUAAUGAGUAUGUUUGAUCCGAAGCAGUUCUUGGCUCCUCUGCUCAUACAUGGCCGCAUCAUCAUGCAGGAUUUGUGGCGCAGUGGAAUCAAGUGGGACGAAAGGCUGAACGAGAAACAUUAUGAACGGUGGGUUAAAUGGACACAGUUAUUCCAUCUGAUCGACGAGAUCCGAGUUCCUAGGUGCUAUCUGGGCAGACUAGAUUCGAAGGCGUACGAUACGGUACAGUUGCAUGUGUUCACCGAUGCUGGCGAUGCGGCUUACGGGUGCGUUGCUUAUUUCCGAUUUGAGGACGGCGGAGUCGUUCACUGCGCAUUCAUCGAGGCAAAAGCGAAGGUGGCACCAUUGCAGUACCUGUCUACGCCACGAAUGGAGCUAGAAGCUGCUGUUCUAGGCGCGCGGCUGAUGAAGUCAAUCUGCGAUAGUCAUUCUGUUCCUGUUUUGAAGUGGUUCCUGUGGUGCGAUUCGUAUACUGUUGUGUCGUGGGUGAAGUCCGACCAACGAAGGUACAAACCUUUCGUUGCCCACCGAAUCGGAGAGAUUCUCAGCAUCACAAACCCUGAAGAUUGGCGCUGGGUAGGUACGAAGGACAAUCCAGCAGACGACCUAACGAAAUGGGGAAAAGGAACGGAAAUCAAGUCGGAGAGUCGUUGGUAUCGAGGUCCGGAGUUCCUGUAUAAAGACGUGUCAGAGUGGCCGAAGCAGAAACGUCCGGUGGUUGAGGUUCAAGAAGAACUACGCGCAAGCAUGCUGCUGCAUCAUAUUCUUUUGCCUGAGGGGUUGAUGGAGAGGAUGCAGCAUAUUUCUCGGUGGACGGUGAUGGUGCGAACGGUAGCAGUAGUGUUCCGUUUUGUGUCCAACUGUCGUCGUCGGAUCAAAAAGAUGCCGAUCGAAGCGUUGCCGAUUGAUGCUAAGCAAGCUGGACGUAUAGCGUUUGCAGCAGUUGAGGUACCGUUGCGGCAGGAAGAAUAUAUGUCUGCCGAAUCGUUGCUGUGGAGGAUAGUGCAAGCAGAGGAGUUCGCGGACGAGGUGAAGACACUCAUGAAGAAUCGGGAUUCAUCUGUAGCUCAAGAUUUACCACUGGAAAAGUCGAGUCCGAUUUAUCGCUUAUCACCAUUUCUGGAUGAAGAAGGAAUUGUGCGGAUGGAAGGUCGGACCGAGGCGGCUGACUACGUGGCGUUUGAUGCGAGGUUCCCGAUCAUUCUGCCGAAAGAUCACGUGGUGACCAAGAGACUGGUGCAACAUUAUCAUCGACAAUAUGGCCACGGUAGCAGGGAAACGGUAGUGAAUGAAAUUCGGCAGCGAUACUACAUACCUUGUCUACGCGUGUUGGUGGAGCAAGUGAUGCGGGAGUGCAUGUGGUGCAAGAUCCGGAAGGCAAAACCAACUGUGCCCAGGAUGGCACCACUACCCGAACAGCGAUUGGCUGCGAAGAUCGAUCCGUUUUCAAACGUGGGCAUCGAUUAUUUCGGACCGCUAGAAGUGACCGUUGGAAGAAGGAAGGAGAAAAGAUGGGUGGCACUGUUCACGUGCUUAACUGUCAGAGCGGUGCACUUGGAGGUGGCGUACAGCCUGACGACGGAGUCGUGCAAAAUGGCGAUUAGGAGGUUUGUGAAGCGACGUGGCAGUCCGAUUGAGAUCUUCUCGGACAACGGUACGAAUUUCGUCGGUGCCAAUCGAGAUCUGGUGAAGGAGAUCAACGUUGCCUGUGCGGACACGUUCACUGGUGCAAGGACCCGUUGGACGUUUAACCCACCUUCAGCGCCACAUAUGGGGGGCGCUUGGGAGAGAAUGGUACGCUCGGUGAAAGAGGCACUGCAUGUCUUCACGGAUGGUCGGAAGCUGACGGAUGAGAUCCUGCAGACUGCACUGAUCGAGGCUGAGAACCUGGUCAACUCACGUCCACUUACGUACGUGUCAACCAACGUGAAGGAAGACAAAGAAGCGCUAACACCAAAUCACUUCCUGCGUGGUCGAUCGUCGGCCGAAUGUCUACCGUCGAGGAUUCCGGUGGAUUUGGCUGAUACGUUGCGGAGCAGCUAUAGUCGAGCGCAGCAGUUAGCGGAUGGAUUUUGGGAUCGUUGGCAGCGGGAGUAUCUGCCGACCCUGAACAGACGGUCGAAGUGGUACUUGGACCAUCGAAAAGUGGCGAUAGGAGACCUGGUGUUUGUGGCUGAUGGCGAAAAGCGGAAUACCUGGGAGCGAGGCCUAGUGACGCAAGUGUUCGUUGGCAGUGAUGGGAAAAUCCGCUCAGCGUCCGUGCAGACCAGCCGGGGUGAGAAGCUGCGACCAGUAUCGAAGUUAGCCGUUUUGGAGAUUGAGGUGGAAAAUAGUAAUCCCCGUACUGUUCCCGAGUGAAUCAGCGACAGGGUUUACGGGUGGGGGAAUGUUACCGUUGGUAAAAACGAGCACCCGGUUGCGAAAGGGUUGCGGUCGGUGAAAGUGAACACCCAGUUGCGAAUGGGCGAAUACCGUGAACGCCCCGUCCACUGACAGUUCUCGACGGCUGAUGAAGAUGACCUAAAUGAAUGGCACACAUACAUGCGCAUGCAGCUGAUCGCGCAGUGGGAUCAGCCAUCGUAAUUUGUUAUUGUUGACACUGAAGAUCGAAACGAGAUGGUGAAAUUCUCAUCUUUUAAUUUAGUGAAGUGAAUUUGUCUGUCCACUUGUAGUUAAUUAGCAAAAUAAGUGUGAAGUCAAUUUUAUUUCGUCAGCUGAUUGUUGGUCGAUAUUAGGUUUGCUCGUUCAUGAUAUUUUGUGCUACUUACCGUGAGUUUGUUUGUAUUUCGAUAGUCAGUAAAUGUAAUAAAUUAAUGUUUUCAACAUAGGUCCUCAAAACCGAGUAUAGGAGUGUUGGCAGUGAGACUGGUAGUAGUUAUAUUGAGGAAAACUUAAUGUAAGUUGUUUGUUAUUAAUGAUAAGUGCAUCUGUGAUUAAUGUUUGUUGUAUUAAAAUUUUAGUUUGAGUAUCGCCGAGAGCAUACUUUGUAAAAUAGUUUUCUAUGCUCGAUCCGAAGGACUGCGAG